AUGGCUUCUCGUUCGGGAACGUAUCGUGUUAUCUGUAGCAUGUUUGAGCGGUACCUCUCCUUCUUGAUGGUCUGCUGGUUCGCUGGUACUCACUUACCAUUACUCCUGGGUGGAGAACGGUGGGUGUUUGAGCAAAGUGACUUGCCCAAGAAAUGGGAGGCGAACACAUUACCGAGGGCCGGAUGUAAGAGAAAAAAUAUUUGACUGCUUUGAGUUUCAAUCAUGCUUUCCGAAAUUCAAGGAAUUUGAAGUUUUCUAAUCUUGCAAAGCAACAUCAACUCGCCAUCAGUUAGAAUCAACAAGCGCCAAAAUCGUUAGAUAAAUGUUUUGGUCGUUUUUUCAUGCAAACAUCUCACAAAUCUUGAAAAUACUUGAAAGGCUCAUUAUGUCUGACGUAGGAUUUGUUUCGCCAAACAGAAUAACGCAAAAACAUUAAGUGCUAAAAAUAAAUUGCAGUAAUAUCACAUAUUGAUAUUAUAUCGAUACCUAUACCGCUCUUGGAUUAAGAUUUUGCAAAGCAUUACGAGGAAGGUAUUUACGUGCGUGUAAUAUUUGACGAAAAAAGAUUCCGCGGUCUCAAUUAAUAACGAAAUCAUUUUUUUUUACAGAAAUAACUUUUUCACGCUAUAGAACACAAAAGAUCGAAAUAGUUUCUCUUUGUGCAGCGCAUGUGAUUAUCUUAGAAUGAUUGACUGAUUGAGAGAUCCUUGUUUUUACUGAUGUAUGUCAGUAGUGUUGUAUCCGGUAAAUGUAUUGACCACGUGUGGAGAGAACAUAUGUUGAUCAUGCACUUCCAUGAGGAUAAAAGCGAGUAAUCGAUAUUACAGACUAUUUCACAUCAUAGUAAGAACUGGUGCUUACACUUGUGGACACGAACCAAGCGAGAUGAACUACAAGGUGAGAAAUUUAAAAGGUUUUAUUGCUCUUUAAUCAGUCAAAUGUCUACUCACUUAAGGCAAGGACCUAAUUUACCGGGGACGAUAUCGUUUUCAACGAGAAAAGUUUUUCGAGAGUUGUUCAUCUUUGUAAAAAUAUGAAGUGAGAGCCUUUCCACUCGUUUUAAUUGCUUAACAAGGUGUGAAUGAUUUUCGUCGGUCCAAUUAGUCAUUUUGCCGACAUCGAAGUUAGCAACAUUUCCCUGUAGUCAUGAUUUUCUCUUUCCUCGCGGAGUCUCGAUUUAGUUAUGACCUUUCUUAUUUCUCCUCACCUGAGAGGGGCCUGGGUAAGCUUGUCGGAGUCUACCUUUUGUUUCACUCGGAGUCCGCAAGCUCCUUAGCCAGCGGAUUGGCGCCAAACAGGGGCUUUUUUAUUAAGACUGUAAGAGGUGAAGCUAUUAAUAUAUACUGAGCAUUUUGUCUUCUUUUUCUACAAUUGUAGAUAAACUGGAUAAGCUUCGUAUUGAUAAUAUGGAUGCUAACCGCGUCGUUACAAAUCGAGGCAUAUUUCGUUCCUUGUAGCCCGCUUUCACCACCCAGUAGCUGUAAAAUUAACGAGGUUCCCAGAAGGCAGAUCUCCUUUCAUAUUUGCGGCGAUCAACUCAAAACAGCCUAUGAAGUGGCAUGCAGAUGGAUGCGAAGGAAAAGAAGUGGUACGGUAUUUUAUUUCAUAAGUCUACAGCUACUUUAAAGAUUGGUGUCACAAACAGCGAAUGGUUCACAUGAAGUGAGGUGCAUCCAGGACUGAAAGAAGUAACGAAAGAUACUGAAAAAAGAUAUUCAUGGAUCAUUCAUCAUCUAUCUCUGGGUAGUUAUUUAUCGCACACUGGUGGUUUUCAUGCCGGAACGAACAGUCAUCUCUAAUUUUUGACAGAGUUUAAUGGGAGGGGGGGUGGGGGUGGGGAGGGACAAAAUGCGUUGUUCGUUGUCAACCAUCCUUGUUCCUAUUCGUUCUCGCCCCCCCCACGUCGAUUCUUGAAGUCCCAAGAAACUCACAAAAAUAAAACUCUCACGCCUACGAACUCCAAGAGUUUUCUUGGAGAGCAGGGCAAAGGAGAAUGCUCAGUGACGACGGACCAGUUUGUUGGUGGGAAAAUUAUUCGCAUAACAAAAACAAAGUGUGUACCCAGUCAAUCUUGCUUAUUGAUAGCAAGCAAUCCCGUAACCAGCAUAAGCGAUCAUUUUAAAACUUCCCUACCUGAAAAUGCCCCGAAACAAUUUCAUUAAUUCCAUAUCAAAAUAUGAAACUUUUAUUUUUCAUCAAGUGCUACUUUGUUUUUCUUUCAGUAAAACCAAGAGCCAGCAAAGUAAUCCUGGACAAGCAAAGAGCUGAUGGAUUUCUUACUUCACAUCACGUGACUAAAAGGAGCUUCAACGUUGUGGAGGAGUGCUGUCAAGAGGGCUGUGUAUGGGAAGAAAUUUUGGAAUAUUGCAAACCGACAUAA